CGCCCCGACCCCGCCAUGGCCGAAGCACCGCAGCUGGUGGACAUCGACCCCGACUUCGAGCCGCUGCCGCGGCCCCGCUCCUGCACCUGGCCUCUGCCGCGGCCGGAGUUCAACCCCCCCAGCUCGGCCACUUCCAGCCCGGCGCCGUCGUGCGGCGGGCAGCCCGAUGGGACGGCCGGAGCCGCGACCGGAGCCGGAGCCGCUGCCUCCGGAGCGCUGAGCGCCGACUUCAUCAGCAACCUCAGCCUGCUAGAGGAGAGCGAGGACUUCGCGCCGCUGCCUCCCGCCGCCGGCCCCCCGGAGGCUGCCGCCUGCCGCUGCGGGGACUUCCCGGCGCCCGAGGCCGGCUGCCGCCUCCACCCGCCGGGACCGCCGCCGGUGCCGCCGGUACCGCCGCCCGUGGCCGGUCUGUCACCGGGCCCCGUGGCCGGGCAGCCCCGCAAAAGCAGCUCGUCGCGGCGCAACGCGUGGGGCAACCUGUCCUACGCAGACCUCAUCACCAAGGCCAUCGAGAGCUCCCCCGAGAAGCGGCUCACCCUCUCACAGAUCUACGAGUGGAUGGUCAAGAGCGUCCCCUACUUCAAGGAUAAGGGUGACAGCAACAGCUCGGCCGGCUGGAAGAAUUCAAUCCGUCACAACCUGUCUCUGCACAGCAAGUUCAUCAGAGUGCAGAAUGAAGGAACAGGGAAGAGUUCCUGGUGGAUGCUCAAUCCUGAAGGAGGGAAGAGUGGCAAAUCUCCUAGGAGGCGAGCAGCAUCCAUGGAUAACAACAGCAAGUUUGCCAAAAGCAGAGGCAGAGCUGCCAAGAAAAAAGCAGCCCUUCAGUCUGGUCAAGAGGGAAACGGUGAUAGCCCCGGAUCACAGUUCUCAAAGUGGCCUGCAAGUCCCAGCUCUCACAGUAACGAUGACUUUGAUAACUGGAGUACAUUUCGACCUAGAACGAGCUCUAAUGCUAGCACAAUUAGUGGAAGACUUUCUCCUAUUUUGCCAGAGCAAGAUGACCUUGGAGAUGGGGAUGUGCACUCCAUGGUAUACCCAUCAUCAACCACCAAAAUGACUUCUACUCUGCCAAGCCUUUCAGAGAUGAGUAAUUCUGAGAACAUGGAAAACCUUUUGGAUAAUCUCAAUCUCUUGUCACCUAAUACAUCAAUGACUGUGUCAACCCAGUCUUCAUCUGCCACCCUGAUGCAGCAAACACCAGGUUACUCAUUCGCAUCCUCGACCACAAGUAUAGGUUCACCAAAUCCUGACUACAGGAAAUUCACUUAUGCUCAAGCUAGCAUGAACUCUUUGUCCCAAAUGCCUAUGCAGACUCUCCAAGACAGUAAAUCAAGCUACGGAUCAAUGAACCAAUACAACUGUCCUGCAGGACUUCUGAAGGAGUUACUGACUUCUGAUUCUCCGCCGCACAACGAUAUCUUGGCAUCAGUGGACACCGGCGUUUCCCAGGCUGGUGGCAGGGCGCUGGGCCAGAGUGUGCUGAUGGUCGCCAACUCGGUGGUGCCAACCUACGGCAGCCAGCCACCUCACAGCAAAAUGAUGAACCCCAACGCCCGCCCUCACCAGGGACACAACCAGCCAGCGCCUGCAGUCAAUGGCCGUGCCUUGUCACACACCGUGAACACCAUGUCACACACGUCAGGGCUGAAUCGCCUGUCCACAGUGAAGACUUCGUUACAAGUGCCUAUGAGUCACCCGAUGCAGAUGAAUGCCAUGAAUCCAUAUGCCCCUGUUAACAGUUGCAAUGGCUACGGGAGGGUGGGAAUUGUUUCCCUCCACCAAGAGAAGCUUCCCAGUGACUUAGAUGACAUGUUAAUUGAGCGGUUGGACUGUGACAUGGAGUCGAUUAUCCGUAAUGACCUUAUGGAUGGAGAAACAUUAGAUUUUAACUUUGACAGUGUAUUGCCUAACCAAAGUUUUCAGCACAGCGUAAAGACAACCACACACAGUUGGGUGUCAGGCUAGGAUGUAGUAGGAGGUAAGCUGUGCUUUUUAUAAUAAAUCUGCAAAACAGCUAAAGGGAAAAGAAAGAAAUGUCAAGAUGCUUAAAAUCUGGGAGUUCUUCUGUGUUGGCAUGUGUACUCCCUUGGUAACAGUCAGUCACUUUCCAGUCCUUUGUUAAUUUGAGAAUCAGGUUUGCACUGAUGCAUUAGGACUGUCAAGUAUCGACUUCUCUUAUUUCAUGUGGAGUGCUAAUGUUUUGUCAUUGAUGUUUUAAACAAAAAACUUGUUGGUUACUAGCCAGUAAUGAAUACUUUUCCCCCCCAUUUGAAGUAUCUUAAAGCUAGCUUGAGCAUAUUUUAAUAGAUUUAUUCAUCUGUUGUGAAUGUUAAUUUGUUCUUUUUGUUGUUUUUUCUUUCUUCCUAGGCUAUGGUUAAAUUCUCCAGACUUGUCUGACAGCAGGAACUGAGAAAAGCAGUACAAAGAUGUCCUUCACCUUUCUUUUUAAUGUUCUUGACAAAGCUGUGCGCAUGCACUAACUUUUUUGGGGGGGGUAUUUUUUUUUUUUUUUCUUUUUUCUUCCUUUCGUCAGAGUUGGCAGCAGAGAGAGUAUUUUCCUGUACAGGAUGUUUGCCCAAGGUUUGCAGGUUAUGUGCUGCUGUAGAUAAGAACUGUGCCAUUGAAAAUUUCAUUACUCUGAAGUGCCAAAUUCACUACACCAUAUAAUCACAGCAAAGACUCCUACUUACAUCAUGUUGUGCUCUCGGUUUUGUACAGUAUGAUCUGUAGAAGAAGAAUUGUUUUUUAAGACUAUCUGUUUUGGUCCAAGAAAAGUUUAUAAACUUUUGUAAGAAUACUGUGAUGAUCUCAUGCCCUAAGUAAGUUUAACCUUUGUUGAUGUUACCUGUGUUUUGAUGAAUUGAGAUAACUGUGGACUUGCCUUGCAGCAGUAUGAACUGCAUUAUUUUACUCAAAAUUGCCACACAUUUCAUAUGGGAAUAGAAUAGCCUGUUAAAUAUGAUCCUACUAAGCUCACUGACUAUUCAAAGCAAACAAGUAGGUUAAAUACCAUUUGAUAAGUUA